CUAGAUAUUACGACUCUUCAAGAAAACCAUGAACUUACCACAUUAAGAAGCCUUAAAGCAGCAGUGCGAGUAAACUUUCUUGCAAAAAGGAAGCAAGUUGAUGCUUUACCCUUGUUGUUGCACCGUUCUCUUCUUGCUACCUAUCUGGUGUGCACGGCCAGAAGAAGCAUUUUUAGCACUCUGACACCUCAUAUCUUGCAUGCUUGUUGGGGCCACCUUGCCUCCACCGUUGCUUUCAAUCUAGAGCCUUUCAUCUCUGCAUGA